GUCUUUAGGUGGAGGGGCCCAGGCUGGAGGCUGUAGAUAAUUCUCUGGGAGGGCAGGCACUUCCUCCUCAGACCCUAUCACAGGCUCAGCGGGAACGUCUCCGGGGGAAAUCUGUGACUUUUUAUAUUCCCCUGAAGGGGUGGUCACCUCAGAUUGUCUGGGAACACGGACAGUCUGGGGAGAUGUGCCUCGCUUCGUACCCAGGCUGUAUUCCUGCAAACCCGAUUAUGAGCUGGAUUUAAGUGCAUGGAAUCAUACUUUGAAUGUACCGGAAGGAUUUAGUGUUCAAGGGAACCCGGCACUGAUCCUGUGUAAAGUGAAGAACUGUUUCCAAAUGUGGAGCGUCACUCAGUGAUUUAUGAGUUCAGGUAUGGAAUUUACUGUGGGCAGAUGUAGUCACUGAAUAUGUGGCUCAAGGCAAUCAUUAAUUCACGCUGCAAAUAUUUAUCCAGCACUCUGGUAGGUGGUGAGAAAGCAAUGGCUCCAGUUCCAACACCAUCUUCUGAGCUGACCUCCAUUCCCAGGAUGCCCUUGGUGCUGUUCCUGCUGCUGCCCAUCUUGAGUUCUGCAAGAGCUCAGGUUAAUCCAGCCAUUUGCCGCUAUCCUCUGGGCAUGUCUGGAGGCCACAUUCCAGAUGAGGACAUCACAGCUUCCAGUCAGUGGUCAGAAUCCACAGCUGCCAAAUAUGGAAGGCUGGACUCAGAAGAAGGGGAUGGAGCCUGGUGCCCUGAGAUUCCAGUGGAACCCGAUGACCUGAAAGAGUUCCUACAGAUUGACUUGCACACCCUGCACUUUAUCACUCUGGUGGGGACCCAAGGGCGCCAUGCUGGGGGCCAUGGCAUUGAGUUUGCCCCCAUGUACAAGAUCAAUUACAGUCGGGAUGGCACUCGCUGGAUCUCUUGGCGGAACCGGCAUGGGAAACAGGUGCUGGAUGGAAAUAGUAACCCCUAUGACAUUUUCCUAAAGGACUUGGAGCCACCCAUCGUGGCCAGAUUUGUCCGCUUCAUUCCAGUCACUGACCACUCCAUGAAUGUGUGCAUGCGGGUGGAGCUCUAUGGCUGUGUCUGGCUAGAUGGCUUGGUGUCUUACAAUGCUCCAGCUGGACAGCAGUUUGUACUCCCUGGAGGCUCUGUCAUUUACCUGAACGAUUCUGUCUAUGAUGGAGCUGUUGGAUACAGCAUGACUGAAGGGUUGGGCCAGCUGACAGAUGGGGUGUCUGGCCUGGACGACUUCACUCAGACCCACGAAUACCACGUGUGGCCAGGCUAUGACUACGUGGGCUGGAGGAACGAAAGCGCUCCCAGCGGUUACAUCGAGAUCAUGUUUGAAUUUGACCGCAUCAGGAAUUUCACGACCAUGAAGGUCCACUGCAACAACAUGUUUGCCAAAGGUGUGAAGAUUUUUAAGGAGGUGCAGUGCUACUUCCGCUCGGAAGCCAAUGAGUGGGAACCGAACGCUGUGUCCUUCCCCCUCGUCCUGGAUGACGUCAACCCCAGUGCUCGGUUCGUCACGGUGCCCCUCCACCACCGCAUGGCCAGCGCCAUCAAGUGCCAGUACCAUUUUGCUGACGCCUGGAUGAUGUUCAGUGAGAUCACCUUCCAAUCAGAUGCUGCCAUGUACAACAACUCUGGAGCGCUGCCCACCUCACCUGUGGCACCCACAACCUAUGAUCCAAUGCUUAAAGUUGAUGACAGCAACACUCGGAUCCUGAUUGGCUGCUUGGUGGCCAUUAUCUUCAUCCUCCUGGCCAUCAUUGUCAUCAUCCUCUGGAGGCAGUUCUGGCAGAAAAUGCUGGAGAAGGCUUCCCGGAGGAUGCUGGAUGAUGAAAUGACCGUCAGCCUCUCCCUGCCCAGUGAAUCCAGCAUGUUUAACAACAACCGCUCCUCAUCGCCAAGUGAGCAGGAGUCCAAUUCCACUUAUGAUCGCAUCUUUCCCCUUCGCCCUGACUACCAGGAGCCAUCGAGGUUGAUACGAAAACUCCCAGAGUUUGCUCCAGGGGAGGAAGAGUCAGGCUGCAGCGGUGUUGUGAAGCCGGCCCAGGCCAGUGGGCCCGAGGGGGCACCCCACUACGCAGAGGCUGACAUCGUGAACCUGCAGGGGGUGACUGGAGGCAACACCUACUCCGUGCCUGCUGUUACCAUGGACCUGCUUUCAGGGAAAGAUGUGGCUGUGGAAGAGUUCCCCAGGAAACUCCUAACGUUCAAGGAGAAGCUGGGAGAAGGACAGUUCGGAGAGGUUCAUCUCUGUGAAGUGGAGGGGAUGGAAAAAUUCAAAGACAAAGAUUUUGCCCUAGAUGUCAGUGCCAACCAGCCUGUCCUGGUGGCCGUGAAAAUGCUCCGAGCAGAUGCCAACAAGAAUGCCAGGAAUGAUUUUCUUAAGGAGAUAAAGAUCAUGUCCCGGCUCAAGGACCCAAACAUCAUCCGCCUCUUAGCCGUGUGCAUCACCGACGACCCCCUGUGCAUGAUCACCGAGUACAUGGAGAAUGGAGAUCUCAAUCAGUUUCUUUCCCGCCACGAGCCCCCCAGUUCUGCCUCCAGCAACGCACCCACUGUCAGUUAUGCCAACCUGAAGUUUAUGGCUACCCAGAUUGCCUCUGGGAUGAAGUACCUUUCCUCUCUUAAUUUUGUCCACCGAGAUCUGGCCACACGAAAUUGCUUAGUGGGUAAGAACUAUACCAUCAAGAUAGCUGACUUCGGAAUGAGCAGAAACCUGUACAGCGGUGACUACUACCGGAUCCAGGGCCGGGCAGUGCUCCCCAUCCGCUGGAUGUCUUGGGAGAGCAUCUUGCUGGGCAAAUUCACGACAGCGAGCGACGUGUGGGCCUUUGGGGUGACUCUGUGGGAGACUUUCACCUUUUGCCAAGAGCAGCCCUAUUCCCAGCUGUCAGAUGAGCAGGUCAUCGAGAAUACUGGAGAGUUCUUCCGGGACCAAGGGAGGCAGACUUACCUUCCCCAGCCCGCCAUUUGCCCUGACUCUGUGUAUAAGUUGAUGCUCAGCUGCUGGAGAAGAGACACCAAGCACCGUCCUUCGUUCCAGGAAAUCCAUCUUCUGCUCCUUCAACAAGGGGACGAGUGAUGCUGUCACUGCCUGGCGACAUUCCCAUGGCCCAGGUCCUUCUCACAAGACCUGCCACUCACCCACACCUAAGCCACUCCAUCUGGACAUUGAAUGGGCCUGGGAGACGGAGUCUUGUUGGCUUCUAUCUCUCUGUCCCUGGCCUCCCUUCACUCCACUCCCUCACUCUCUACCCCUGACCCAUAUAUACUCUUUUUUUUACAUUAAAGAACUAAAAAAAGAAAAAAAAAAAGCCUAGGGCAGAUAAAGUCUAGUAAAGAAAUCUUACUUAAUAUACCAAAGUGUUGGAUAGCAGGCUAGACAAUUUAGAUAAUUUAUAAAGGUUAAAUAUGCUACGUUCGUAAAUGUGCAGAUGCUACAAUAUUUUUCCCAUGUCACCUUUUAAAACGCAUUUUCAGAAAGAAAAACUUGAAGAAUACUUAGGAAACAUGAGAUGAGGCUUAGGGAGAACACUCGCUAAGUGUGGAGAAUCGGAGGGAAUGGUUGGUAUUCGGCAACUGAUCAUAGAUUCCUUGGUUUCCUAAUUUGGCCCUCUGGAUGUGUCCUACCCUCUGCGUUCCCCUCUCCUGCCAAAGCAGACGAUAUAUGCUUGAAAAACCCCCGUUUCUCGGAGUGGGUGUUUUGUUCAUUCGUGGGUAGGGGUCAAGGAUAAGGUCGGAUGUGGUCUAUAUGCGUAGGCAACACAGAGGGUGCGUAUAGGAGAGAAUGUCUACAACAGGGCUGUAGGAAGGGGAAUUGGCACUCACCAAAAAAGUACCUCGUGUAUGGAAGGAUUCUUGAACAGAGAAUGGACAUAGGGAAAGAGGUCUGAGGAGGACAAGUAACAGGUGUGCUAGUCACCUGUGAUUUCUGUAGAGGGUCCUUUUCUUGUUCAGAUGUUUUCGGGUGUGUGUUUCAGUGAGAGCCUGGUUUUGAAUCAGUAAAGACUGGUGAUUUGAUGUCUGGAUCACAGGCCCUUUGGUUCAUCUUCUCUAAGUCUUCCAGCUCUUUCAGUGGGUGCAUCCCCUAGGACCCACGUCUGAAGGCCGUCUGUAAUAGGGAGUAGAUCUGCACAUUUCCAGAAUGUUGCCCAAUGAGGGCCAAGGAGGAAAGUUACAAGCAGAUAGAUGUCCACUCCUUCCUAGAGAAAGCCUAGCCAGUAGAACACACAGGGUGAAUGGACCACCUCCAGAGGGCGGGAGAGUCCUUUGUCACUGAAGAGCUUCAGAUGUAGGCUGAAGAAAGGCAAGGGAGCUGUAGGCUUUCAAACACAAGGUAAAUGGUUGCAUGAGAUGAAACAAUGUCCUUUUAACCCUAAUAGUCCUUGAUUUCAGAGAGACACAGGGUGAGCACAAAAGAGAAGUCUUUCACGGCUCCUGCUCCUCAGGGAUGGUGUGGCCAGUAGACGAGAAAUCAGGAAGGUCUGGGUUCGGAGUUCAUGGAGACUGAUAUGCUGUCAAAUGAGUCCCCUCAGAAUAGACUGUGAGCGUUAUGCCCCACAAGGGCUCAGAUUUAGUGGGAAGCAGGAAAGGGGGCCUCUCAACUCCCACUGAGGAGAAACAAGAAAAACUUACAGAAUAAACUUCCCAAGCUCAGAAGAAAUAGUCUUGAGUCUUUGGGUCUGCUUCUGGAGCCCUCACCUGGUCCCCCUUGUGCACAGUCGCUCAGGGACUUGACUGUUCCCCCUUGUUCAGCCUUCAGCAUCGCUCCAGGCUAACACAGAAGCAAAGUUCCCAAAUCCCCUAGAUCGUCUUGUGACCCUAGCAAAUACCUGCCCCCAUCACUGUCCUUUGACUCUGGGCUCCAGUCUCUCCCAGGGCUAGUUCUGUGGAGAUUGUAGGUUUGGGAGUCAGGAGAGCAUCGGUUUGGGAGCUUUGGUCCUACUUCUGCCCCAAGCCAAGCAUACCACCUUGGACAGGUCACUGUACCUUUCUGGACUUCGUUUCCUUACCUGUAAAAUGAGGACAUUGGAUUAGAUAGUCUUGAAGCCUCUCCCAGUCCUGACAUGUGCAGGGCUGGUUGAUAAUUGGAUCCACAGUUGAUGUGGAUUCCCUUAUCUGGUUAUCUCCUACUCUGAAAAUUGUGGUCAGCAGAAGGAAUCCUGCAGGGAGCUCACUCUAAUAGUAACAGUCACAGCUGCCGUGGGUACAGUGCUUUGAAGUGUACCAGGCAUUUCCACAGCCAUAAUCUCAGUUCAUAUGUGCAGGGCCAGACAUUCCUUAUACCCUAUCCUCUGCCUUCAAGACCAGGGUUAACUUCAUGUGUUAGAGAGUUCCCUAGAGAACAGAACCAAUAGGAUAUAUAUACAUAGAUAUAUAUAAUUUAUUAUAAGGGAUUGGGCCAUGUGAUUAUGGAGCUUCAGAGUCUCACCAUCUGCCCCCUGCAAGCUGCAGGCCCAGGAAAGUUUUCGAGAAAUAGAGGACGGGAGACUUCUAGCUCAGCGGUUGGGCAGAGAGCACAAAUCCCCCUUUCCUCUGUCUUUUUCCAUUUUCCUCUAUUCCCUUAUUAUGGUGCAUUUGAUAAGCCCCCCCACCCCUCCCACACACAGGGGAGAGGGCAGUGUGCUUUACUCAACACGCCCAUUCAAAUGCUGACGUCAUCUGGAAACACCCUCACAGGCUCCCCAGAAACAGUGUUUCAUCCGGGCACCCCCUGCCCACAUCCCGGUGACUCCUAAACUUAAUCACCUAGCUUCAGGAGAAUCAAAGGGCCUUGAAAUCAGGGCGGGCAGCCGAUUCUCCUUCAUCUGCACGCCUCUGGGAGGGCUCCAUGCAGACCGUGCCCACGACUGCUUGUGUGGCAAGAGAAAACAUCAGUUCCCCGUCUUUGCCUCAUCUCGCCACUUCUUUCUGUGUACCUUUCUGCGUCAAUUCCCUGCAUCCCAUGACCCCAUAUAGAAAAAAAUCAUACUGAAAAUCAACUUAGUAUGUCUGGAUUUUCCUGGCCUUGAGUCACAGAGUGAUCUGUUUCAAGUGGCUGGCAAGCAUGGGUUAGCCCAUCCAGUGACCCCGUCCUGGCAGGAGGACGCUCGUUUUCUGGCACGGAGACUCUUCUGUUACAGAGACAGGUCUAGCGUCUGGCCCGGUCGGACCCACAGAUCCUCGAGGCACAGGCCCGAGAGACCGAGUAGAGGCCACGGCAGAGGCUUCGUACGUCCAACUUAAUGAUGAGAGGAAUGUAGCUGGGAAUUUGCAGAAAGGGACAUAGGAAAAGGGACAGCCAACCAGGGGGCUUUGUUACGUGUGUCGUGAGUCAUCCUCUUCGUGACGUAAGUGAAAUAGUUUAUGUCCAGACUGUGUUUGUAGAUCGGCAGAUUUAAAUUUGUACUUUCGCCAGUGAAUGGGCUGAUCACUAGGUCCACAUCUUGUCGUGCUGUCCGGACACGUAGGUGAUCAGAGGAGAUCUGGAAUAGGAAAGACGCCGGGGAGAGAAUGUGGUUUUCGUGCCGUGGAAAGGUCGCUUGCAAGUGCACGAGAGACAGUAUAACAAAGAGCAUUGUACGGAAGGGGAAUAAAAAAUGAAGCAAUGAAUGUGCACGUGGCUGAGUGGGGGUGGUGGGUGGGGACCAGAGAGAAGGCAGCACAAAAAGAGGUGCGGGAAGGACGCAGGUGGGGCAGGGCGGAAGGUAAAAACAGGUGGCACAGGGGAGAACCUGUGCAGUCGCUCAAGAGCGAAACUCUGAAGAGAGGCCCGAGAGAGUGCAGGAGGAGGAAGUGUCUUGAAAAUAAAGGAUAACUGUGUAUAGAGAAAGAAAUUCUGGAUGAUAGAGAUUAUAAAAGUAUUUAUUAAAAAAUGAAAAGGCAGGUGCCGCGUAUGAAAAGGAGGGGAGCUUUUCAGGGUUUUCAGAAAGGGCAAGUCCUGACAGGAACACGUAAGCAACCAGCAGGGAAGGGUCUUCUCUCUUCUGAGGAGGCAGGGGAGGGGCCCAUUAGAGCGUCUGUGGCUUUUGGACCACUGUGAGUGCUGGGGAUCCUGGUGGUGGGAAGAAAUCAACCCUUUGCCUAAACUGGACUGUGUUUCCCAAGUGCCUCUUUGGAAAUGAACACCUAGAGAUAGGGAAUUCAUGGCAUUUCAUGGGUCUUUUUUCCCUUCUCUUGCUUCUCUGUUCACCAAAUCCAUUUUAAAUAAUGCCCAUCACUGCCGUGCCCAGAAAGGCCACAGGGAAACAUUGAAACAACAGGCUGAAGUUAGACAAGACUAAGUCUUGUUUGGUAUCAAUGCAAAGAGGUACGUGCCACGUUGGAACCAUGUGUUUUUCUAGUCCCAUCCAGACUUCCCACAAGAAAGCCAUGAUGUGGGGCUAAGCCAUGUGUUUUGAGUAACGGGGAACAGAAGAAGGGGAGUGUUUGCAAGAGGGAGGGAUGAAGAUGUUCCAAGGAAAUAUUCUAAAACAGAACAGCAUCUGUUUUACCCAAAACUAAAAAAAAAGAAAAGAAAAGAAACUUAACAGUUAGGGCUUAGAUCACUCUAACAUAUGGCUAUUAAGUCUUUGAUCCGAAAUUGAAUUUAUAUGCCUGCCAUCUUGGUCUCUUCAGUAGGACCUUUGACUUCCUUCAGGUCAUACGGUAGGUCCCUAAUAUUUCGGGAAGUUGCAGAUCUUGAUCUAUGCUGGGAAAUCCUUCUGAAUUGAAAUUUAACAUUUUUAUAGAUUUUUAUAGAAACAGAUAAAUGUCUUUUCCACUUGGUAAGUGUCUUGGAAUGCUGAAUCAAGACAGAAAGAGACCAGAAUUGUUAACGGUGAUUGGAUUCCUGGCAUUUUGAGUUCUCUGGCACAAUUAGAUGCAUUGCUUGGUGGCUGGUGGGUAAUUAUUUACUUGCUGUAUCUUUAAAAAAAACAACUUGCUAUUUUGAAAUACUUUUAAGACUCACAAGGAGUUGGGAAAAUAGUAGAGCGUCCUUCCCCUAACACCAGGCUUUCCCCAGUGAUAACAUCUUGCAUAACCAUUGUCUUGUUUUCAAACCCAGAAGGUUGGCAUUUAUAAUACUAUUAACAAAACUGCAGACCUUGCUCAGAUUUCACCAGUUGUUUUGUUUUGUUUUGUUUUGUUUUACAUGUAUUUAUUUAGUCUCUGGAUACUUCAUGCCUUUCUGAUUUGUACACUGGCCUUGCUUGGAUGCAGCAGGAAAAACACUAUCUGGAUACAAUUCUACAAAAUUCUAAAGAGAAUAUAACAAAUUAAUCUGUUCCUUUAUCAAUGAGCAAUAUUCUGCCUAGACUGCAGCCCCAUUUUCUGACUAGUUUGGCUGUUUAGCAUCUGGAACAAUCCAAGAACAACUUAGAAGGCUUUGGAAACACACAGACGGUGAGACCUGCAUGGAGCUUGCUGGCCAGAGAAUCAGGUGUGGGGCAUUCUAGAUGGUUCCUGUGCUUCCUGUAAGUGAGUAGGGUUGUAAUGGUGGCAGGCAGGGGACUUAGGAUAAACCAGUAUUUUGGUCAAGAGCUGGGUGGCACUUAGUUAAUGGCACCAGGGCUGGCUUGGUGGAAGGAAUAGAGGACAAUGGCAUAGAGUAGUAGAGACAUUUCCUUUGCCUAAAUACCAAUUCUUAAGUGGAAUAACAGCUACAAUGGACCAAAUUAAAUGUAAACACAGAAAUAACCAGGGUGUGGGGAGAUUGAAACAGGUGUGAGUUUUGUGAUGGCAUCUUUCACCUGCCCUGUUUGUGGAUCGCAAGAUGAUUACUGUGUUCACACUGCCUACCGCAUGUCCUGUCAAGUUCCAAGCUCAUAGCGAGCGAGCACUCAAUAAAUGUUUGUUAAGUGUUUUGUGGAAUGAAUAAAAGACAGAAACCUAAACUUGUCAUCCAGCAGAACUGGGGUGAAUUUAGGGAGAACUGCCUUGCUAUAAUGCAGAGGGUUUAUUUUCAAAAAAAAAAAAAAAAGGAAAGAAAAGUGCUCAGGUACGUACCUGGUGAAGUACCUUCUCCAUAUGUAUAUUUUCUAGGGAUGAAAUAGAUUUGUGGAGAUAACUACCCCUCAUUCUUUGGGGUAGUUAGACAGCAGUGCCAGGCAGUUCUCUCUAAGACACCCCGUCAAGAGCAGGGAGGGACUCUGGCACCAAACCCAGUCUAUUUGAAACAAGUUUUCUGGUUUCUCCAGCAGACACCUGUCAAGAACCUCUCAAGGAGAAGGAUCAGAGUCCCCAGCUAGCCUGUGCUUACCCACAUUCACAAAAGCAUAUGAGGGAAGAAUUUGCAGAGACUCAAAGGAAAGCACAAUGCCCUAAGGCAAUCACCUGUUUUCUUGAAAAGAGGCUUAGAAAUAGUUGGAAUUGGGUAGGAUUCUUGCAAACACACCCAAGAGUUUGUAACCUAGCCUAUUCAUUUUAUGUCCUUUACUACUCAUGAUAUCCUCUUCUUCUACCCUGUUUUCUGGUAACUUCUUCUGAGGAUUGAAUUUCUGAACCAACAUGGCUCACUCCUCCUAUGAGGAGGGAAUAUUUGGGCCUUGUUUCGUAGGCUUUGGAGGAUGCUGUGUCUUGUCAAGGGGUAAAGAGCAAACCAAUUGAUCUCUGCUUCAAACUACCAUAGUCAUUCCAAAAUAGAAUACGUGGAAGUUCUCUGUAUUAGAAAAAGAAACAAGAUACCAAUUGUAUAUUUUCUUUUCUUUAUUUAUUCUCUGUAAGUCUGUCAGAUGAUAAAUUGUAAAUAACAAUGAUUAAAGAAAUAUGCUACUGA